AUGUCGGCAAUUCCUGGAACUGGAUUAAAUAUGAGUCGAUCUCAAUCUCCGGAAUCCUUUUCUAUUUCUGCAAAGCCACAAACUCCCAGAUCGGUCUCAGCUGCUACAUUGUCAAGGGAAUCCAAGAAGUCGAGUGCAGCUUCUUCGCAAGAUGGACUUGCUCGGCGAUGGAAUGAAGCAGAUGGCUGGCUUCGCAACUCCAAAAUCGCAGAUCAAAGUGAGAAAGGCGAUUACGACGACGACGACCUCUCCGAAGAGGACUGGCAGCUGGACAGCGUGAAGGGAGAAGAAGACGCAAAGCUGGAGGAGUUUUGGUUUAUUUCGAAGAAAUGGCUGGCCAUUGAUGAAGGUGACAAGCAGAUUGUUCGGGAGAUCUUGGCCACCACCGAAGAGGGAAAACCGCUUACCAAUUUGACAGGGAUUCAGGUCCGAACACUCGGCGAACUGAUGCCACCAGGCGCUAGAUUUAGUCAAAUCCAAAUUGGUCCCGUCCUACUUAGUCAAGCUAGUGAUAGUCUGGGUCUGGGUCGUCUCGUCAAACUGAGGGUUGCCCACGACAACUCAGGCGUCAAUCCUUCCUGGUUCCUCGACUAUAUUCAUGUGAUUGUCGAGGGUCCUGCUGGAGGCGAAUGGGGCUCUGGCAAAUCGGAACCGCAACAGCAAGAAUACCUAUUUCCUUGCUACCAGUGGCUUGCCAAGGACCGAGACGACGGCCUGAUUGCUCGAGAGCUGCUGGUGGCAGACGACUCGACCUUAGCCAAAUGGAGGAUGGGAUGGGAUGUGAAGGGUGAUGCUCGGUUGACGGAGGAAAGUGAGCAUUCCCUACUUCAUGUUAAGCCCAGCAAACUGCAAAUUAUUAUGCGACUUAGAAAAGUCUCUUGA